UCCACAGUUCGCAUUUUCGCUCAUCCGCUACGCCUACACCCUUCCGUCACGAAAGUUAUGUGCUUGCACAGUAGGUAGGAGGAGACUGCUUCCUAGAAAGUUCUCACGCUGCGCCUCGUAGAGAGGGUUCCGACGGUCGUGUGUUCAAUUACCCCCUGUUCAUGAUCGAUAUCUGAAGUUUGCGCGAAUGGGCUCAGCAUCUUCCAAGCAUCGGGCAUUAGAGGACUGGGAGGACAAGGACGAGUCGUCGUCUUUCCCCUGGCUCGAGCCUCGCGGUCUCAAAAUCGGCCAUGCGACGGACGUGCGACGCGCGUAUCGCCUGACAAGAGACGUCCUCGGGGAGGGUCGCACGAGCAUCGUCUGGUGCGCUCUCGAGGGUAUCAUACACCAAUCAAGACCACGCUGCUUGGUCUUGAAUGAAUUUCAAACUCUGAAUUGAGCUCAAAUGCUUCAUCUGAACCACUUUGUGAGGUGCAGGGUGGGCGUGGAUAAGUUGAGUGGGGUCCACGUGGCAGUGAAGAUGCUGUCAAAGCGGAUUGUGACAGCGAUGAAGGGGGAAGGGCACCGGGCGUCUGAGAUCGAAAUCCUUCUCGCGCUGCAGCGGGGUGACGCUGGCAAGCAAUCAGACGAGACGAAGGAGAGCUGCACCUCUGCCACCACCACCUCUGACACCACUGCCACCACCACCAGCAGCACAAGCAGCAGCACCACCAUCAAUAGUGGCAGUACCUGUUCCACUGGGAUUGCAGGGUCCGUACCUGGCUCGACCGCCACUGCCUCUUCCGCGGCUGACUCGUCCAACCCAGCUUCGGAUUCACAUGCUCCUGCCUCGAUUCCGUCAUGCCCCGGCGUCCUCCCUGUGCUCGGCACCUUCGAGGACAACCGGUUCCUCUUCCUGGUUUCUCCCUUGAUGGCUGGAGGCGACCUGCUCUCUCACAUCGCGUCCCGCCCCAAGUUCUCAGAGCGCCACGCAUCGGCCAUUGUGCGCCAUGUACUGAAGACCCUUGCAUGUCUUCAUUCCAAGGGGAUCGCACAUCUUGACAUUAACCCGAAUAACAUCCUCUUCCCGAGCACACCCUCCAAGCAUCCUCACUUGGUCGAUUUUGGGUCAGCCAUUAUCAUCCCUCCCGAAGGCGCCACCUCCCCUUCACCUGGCACUGCGCCCUUCUUUGCCGCCCCGGAAGUUUCCCAGAAGCGUGUCUUCACUCAGGCUGCAGACAUGUGGAGCCUGGGUGCAGUGCUGUUCCUGAUGGUUGGGGGGGUGCCGCCCAAGACGGCAGUGGGGAAGGCAGCAGCAUGUUCCCAGCAAGUUCAUGGGAAUGCCUCUUGGCUGAGGUUGCAAGCUGGUGACGUGGAGGGCUUGCCAGAUGACCCCUCUCCCGAGCUUUUGGACUUCUUGCCGAAAUUGCUCACGCCUAAUCGAUCGGAGAGGAUCAAGGCACAUGAAGCGCUGUCCCAUCCCUGGGUAAGCACUCCAGCGUGCAAGCUGCGCCAGAGUGUCUUGCAGACGGCGGUGCGGAAUUGCAAAGAGUACGUGUCAAGGCGUGCAGCAGGGUGCAUUGGCAGUGGUGUGGUCAGCUGUUCUACACCAAGAGUAUACGAGCAGGAUGCACGAAAAGGAGCAGGAGCGACAGCAUCAGACAGUAUCAACAGGAAAAUUGGGCUGCAUGGGACGGAUGUCGGAGUGGGAGGAUCUGGCCAUCCAGGGUUGGUGGUGGUUGACGGUGCACUCGAUUUGGAGCCGGUAAGGAAAAAGGAGCUCAAGUGGAAGAGUGUUGGAAGUGUUAUUACGGCUGAUAUAAGAGAGUUUGCUCAUUGUGAGGUGAAAACGAAGGUCUUUGUAGAGGUUCUUGAGUGUGAUGCCCCAAGGAAAGCCAGACUUAGAUCUAGGGACUAUAGUCAAAUAGCUUGUUUAAAUGUUUGAAUGUUUUUUAUUCAUGGAGACUUUUGUAAUGCG